AUUACGUAAUGUUAUGUAUGCCAUGUGCGUUGAGAAGUAUCUCACUGCAAAAAUCGAAAUAAGUGUUAACGUUUGAACUAUCUAAUAUAAUCCUAGUCAGCAGUAGCACCUCAGUGCAUGGAAUAGCUCUCUCUCCGAAAUAUUACAUGGUCCUUCGAACCGGAUAGAGCUACUAAGCUGUGAAGAGCCGUUUAGAGAAACUUCCAAAAUUGAAGAACGUGACCUCCAAUGGCGGAAGAACUAACGCGGAAGAGGAGAGUGAGAGGCGGCCACAAGGCGUCCGCCACUAGGAUAAUGACAAGAGUAGAGGAGAUGCUGAGCUCUGGAGAUGAACCACAACGAGCUGUGUUGAACCAGUUAAGCAUGAGCCUCAAGGAGAAGCUGGAGGAGAUUAAGCUACUGGAUGCUGAGAUUCUGACGCUUGUGGGAGAUGAUGAACUGGAGGAUGAGAUUGGGCGAGCUGACCACUACAAGGAGCGUGUCUACGCCAGCCUGAUCGAGAUUGAGGCUCCAGUGACAUCUUGGGUCCCUGCAAGGACUACACCCGCAAUGGGCUAUGCCAGCAGUAAGGUCAGACUACCUAAAUUAUUGAUUAAGCCUUUCAAUGGGAUUUUAACUCAAUGGACUCCCUUUUGGGACUCGUAUAAGUGUGCAAUUCAUGAGAACCCCGAGCUUUCAAAGGUUGAUAAGUUUAAUUAUUUGAGGUCUAUGGUGUCUAAUACGGCCCUCGAGGCAAUAUCUGGUUUGACCCUCACAGAUGCUAAUUAUGACGAAGCGAUCGAUCUAUUGCAAAAGCGAUUUGGUAAUAAACAACUUAUCAUAAAUAAACACAUGGAGCAAUUGCUACAUGUCGAUGGGGUGGCCUCCCAGAAUGAUACCAAAGGGAUCAGACAAUUGUACGAUGUGAUCGAAUCGAACGUACGAAGCCUCAAAUCGUUAGGGGUCAGUGCCGAGUCGUAUGGAUCGUUGUUAUCAUCUGUUUUAAUGAGUAAGCUACCGUCCGAAUUGAGAUUAAUCGCUAGUCGAAAGUUUGGAGACAGUGAAAGUUGGGAUUUUACAGAGCUAUUGGGUGUAAUUGAAGAGGAGGUUCAGGCUCGAGAACGGUCAACAACACGGGCGAAUUCUGAACCUACGCGGGGAACUGAAACCCGUCGACCAAAGGAACACCCGACUGGAGCGGCACUAUUUACCGAGACCACCACACUCAAAUGCUGCUUUUGUGAACGAGAGCAUGCUUCGCAAGAUUGUCGAACGGUUGCAAGCAUUGAGUCUCGUCGCGAGGUUAUCAGAAGAACUGGUAGAUGCUACAUAUGUCUUGGAAAGGGGCAUGUGUCCCGGAACUGCCGCAGCCGAAUCAAGUGUCGUAGUUGCAAAGGAAGGCACCAUGUCGCGAUAUGUUCAGGCCAACCUAGGCGAAAGGCACCAGAAAAACAAACAACAGGAAUCACCUCGUACAGGAGGGCUCGACCCUGAAGCCCCCCCUUUCCAGCUACCAAAAACGGGAUUAUUAUGGACGUAUUCUAGUAAACCUGUACUUCUUCAAACAGCAAGAGCCACUGCAUACAAUCCAGACUGUCCGUCAACCUCUUUGAGUGUUCGAAUGGUGAUGGAUACUGGCAGCCAGAGAUCAUACAUUACAAACAGUGCGAGGAGCCGACUCGAGUUGACCGCUGCAGGAGAACAACGUAUGACUAUCAUGACAUUUGGGUCCGCCCAGAAUGGUGACAGUGUCUGUGAAUAUGUAAAACUAGGGCUCAAGCUGAAGAAUGGGGAGACGCAAAAUCUCUCACUGUUCACUGUACCUACGAUCUGUGAGCCGUUAAAGCCUCAUCCCCUCGUUGACUAUAGAAGGACAUAUCCACACUUGAGUGGAUUAGAGUUUGCUGACGAUCCGGAAGACGCUGAGACAAUCCAUGUGGAUAUGCUAGUUGGGUCUGAUCACUAUUGGGACCUCGUAACCGGAGCACUGCAGAGAGGAACAAACGGGCCAGUUGCCAUCGAAACGAGACUCGGAUGGGUUCUCUCUGGUCCUAUUUCCACUCCGAGUAUGGAUUCUCACGGUUUAAUAACACAUUCGCUGCACAUCACUUGUGAAGGAUUUGAGGAAAAGAUGCUGAAUGACACGAUGAGAUCGUUUUGGGAACUGGAAUCCUUUGGAAUCCCAAACACAGAUCGAUCACUGUACGAUAAACUUCGUGACACAAUAGAGUUUCGUGAAGGAAGGUACGAAGUUCAACUUCCAUGGAAGGCACCGAGACUGGACCUUCCCAACAACUACGCGCUUAGUUUGAAGAGAUUGAAGGGGUUGCUUCGACGCCUCCGACACGACCCAGAUGUACUACGCGAGUAUGACAUGGUGAUCAAGACGCAGUUUGAGCAGGGGAUAGUUGAAUUAGUAGAGGAUUUGGCAAACAGGCCCGAUGUACACUAUUUACCUCAUCAUCCAGUAAUCCGAAAGGAUAAAAUGACCACGAAAGUGCGAGUGGUCUACGAUGCCUCGGCCAAAACGAGUGGGCCCUCUCUCAACGACUGUCUGGACCAAGGACCGAAAUUCGAUCAAAAAAUCCUUGACAUUCUUUGUCCGUUUAGAACCCAUCGAGUUGCUGUAACAGCCGAUAUCGAAAAGGCGUUUCUUAUGAUAUCUGUGGCAGCUAAGGAUCGAGAUUUCUUGCGGUUCUUGUGGGUGGACGAUGCAGUUAAGGACGAGCCGAGAAUUGUUGUGUAUCGGUUCGCUAGAGUGGUAUUUGGGGUGAAUGCCAGCCCCUUCUUGUUGAACGCCACCAUCCGACACCAUCUUGAAAUACACGCGGACACACACCGUGAAAUUGUUUCCAAGGUGAUACGGUCGAUCUAUGUCGAUGAUAUUGUAACAGGUUCACAAUCGGAAGAGCAAGCUUAUCAGUUGUACAGUGAAGCUAAAACCUUGCUGAAGACGGGUGCAUUCAACUUGCGAAAGUUUUACACUAAUGCAACGAGAUUGCAAGCUAAGGUGGACCUCGAGGAGUCGGCACAGCAUCAAGAUGAGCCUAAGCCAAUGGAAACAUAUUCACAGUCCACACUGAGUGGCAAUGGAGAACUUUGCGAUGCUGAGCAAAGAAUUCUUGGAUUGAAGUGGAAUAUCACCUCAGAUCAGAUUAUCUUCUCAUUAGCCGAUUUGGCUGAACAAGCCCGAAGACUGGAGCCCACCAAAAGGAACGUCAUCAGCCUUAUCGGGAGGGUGUAUGACCCAUUAGGAUUCUUGGCCCCAAUUGUAGUGAGAUACAAGGUGUUCAUGCAGUCUUUAUGCAAGGCCAAGAUUGGCUGGGACGAGAAAAUACCGGAGGCCUCGAUAACGCAGUGGAGCAAACUCGUGUUGGCUUUGGAAGAUGCGCAGCCUUUGACAAUUCCUAGAUGCUACCUGGAAGCUGUGCAAGGUGAAGUGCUUUCCUAUCAGCUUUGCGGCUACUGUGAUGCCUCACUGUCAGCGUACGCUGCAGUUAUCUAUUUGUUGAUUGAGACCAAAGACAAGACUCACAUGCGAUUUGUGGUUGCCAAAACGAGAGUGGCACCUUUGAAGAAACAAACUGUACCUAGACUUGAGCUUCUCUCAGCAGUAUUGCUCGCAAGAUUAAUGAACACGACAAAAUUGAGUUUGAACCCAGAGAUUGAGAUAUCCUCCUUUCACUGCUUCAUUGACUCCCAAGUCGCUCUAUGCUGGAUAAGAAAUAUAGGAAAGUCAUGGAAGCCGUUCGUGCAAAACAGAGUGUCAGAAAUUCGAAACCUGUUCCCAGUUGAGUGUUGGAAUCACAUACCAGGCGUUGAAAAUCCUGCUGAUGUGCCCUCAAGGGGAACUACACCUCUCGAAUUAUUGGUGAACAAAUUGUGGCGAGACGGUCCUAGCAUGCCAUUUAGGUAUUCUGACAAAGCAACCGAUGACGACCUUCCCUCGGAAUGCCUCGAAGAGCUCCCGGCAAGCGAGAAACGAGCCGUACAUGGUCUUUUGACAAUCGAGGAGUCUUCUGUUACGAACCUCAUUCAGGUCAAUAAUUUUAGCGAUAUCAACAAACUUGUCAAUGUUCUCACCUACGUAUUGAAGUUUUGUUCCUAUAUGAAGAGACUCAUAUCUCCUACCACAGUUUGUAAAAAUGAAAGAAUGAUUGCCGAAGUACUCCUAAUAAAGGAAGCACAACUGUUGCUGAGAGAUCACAAGAAUUUCUUAAUGUGGGAGAAGCAGUUGUUCCUUUUCGAAGAUGAACAUGGAGUUUUGAGAAGUCGAGGGAGAAUUGCCAAUGCAACUUUACCAUACUCGACCAAGCACCCUAUUAUUUUGCCGAGUGACCAUCCUCUGACAACAAUGUAUAUCCGCCAAUCUCAUAGUCGAGUGCUACACAACGGUGUAAAGGAGACCCUCACCGAACUCAGGUCACGAUUCUGGGUGAUAAAGGGAAGAAGUGUAGUCAAGCAAGUUCUUCACAGUUGCAACACCUGCAGACGACACGAAGGAAUGUCCUGCCGAGUACCACCACCCCCCCCAUUGCCUACUUUUAGAGUUCAAGAAGCACCACCCUUUACGAGCACUGGUGUUGAUUUUGCUGGACCAUUGUACGUCAAGCAUCCUGGUGGAGUGCAAACGAAGGUUUGGAUAGUAUUAUACACUUGUUGUGUUACCAGAGCUAUCCACCUGGACCUUGUGAGUGACAUGUCGGCACCCGUUUAGCGCGAGGAGAGGCUUACCUGCAAUGAUGA